AUGUCGAAAAAGAAGCCAAUCUUCAGCAAAUGUGAACGAUGUGGCACAUUCUUCUUGUCUACUCACUUCCAAAAACAUCCUGAAAGUUGUGAGAUUGUGGAUGGUCUCCAAAGUAUCGUCCCGAAGAAGGUUUUGACCGGAGUUUCUCAUAAAUUGGAGAAAGGAAAGGAAGCUCUACCUAAUUCUGCACUCGGAUGGCAUCGACAACAUACUGUAUUGGUUAAUCCACACGCUCUGGAUGUCUUGGAAAUAUUACCGAGAAGUCCAUUGAUUUUGACGGAGAGUGGUAAAGAAGAUAAGAUUUUAGUGGUGCCCUGGCCUUGUGCAGAUGUAAGUUUAUAUUUGAGAUGUUCUUUAUUCUCCGUUUAGGUUUCACGAUGCUUUUCGGGUGAUUACAUUAAUUUAUUGGCUGUUUUUAGCUUCAACCUCUCCGUCUUAACACCGACAACUUCCCUGCUGAACGAUUGUUGCAGUUAGAAGUUGUGGACAAGGUGGAAACUUUAAAAUCACUCACACUGGAACCUCUUGAUGAUAUCUCUUCAGCUUUAUUGAAAGCUCCGCACUUUGCGUCAUUCAUUCAGCUCUAUUUAAAUGGUGCUUACAUCAGCCCUUCAAUUCCAAUUGUUAUCAAUUAUUUGGCCAAAAGUUAUCGCUUUGAAAUGUUGGAGGACAUCUCCAAGGUUUUUGAUGCUGUUGGUUUUGAUGAGGAGAGCAAGAUCCGAGUGUAUCAAGUGGAUUCUAAUGUCACUAUCAGAUUUACAUCUAAAACUCCCGAAACAAAUAUUGAAUUGGCAUUGUCAGAUCCAUUCGAUAAGAUUGGAGGAGCCGAUUUGGUCAAGAAGACGUUGAACGAAUAUCUGUUUGUGCCAUUGGAAAGGUAGUAGAGCUUUUAUUUGAUUUUUUUUUGUUUUUGUUGCACAUGUAAUGUAAUCGUGUUGAUUUUAGAAAUCUGCGGCCUUUGUCGUCGAUCCUCUGGGGCUUCACUGGCUGCGGAAAGAGCUUGUUUAUGUCGUGUAUACAAGAGAAGCUUCCAGGACAAGCCGUUUUGGUCACAUCGAUGAAAGAUUUCACGGACAAGAGAGCCCAAAUUAAGUCAGAUUCCAUUCUUCUCAUCGAUUUCCAACCUUCAUCUUCCGACGCCAACAACUUUGCCGAUUUAAUUUGUGAUUUCGUUGAUUCGAAACUUUGCCUGUCCAUUGUUUUGACUACCAGGUCCAUUGAUUCUCUUGAUUUGAGGGUUCGAAGGCGAUUUGAAGCCGAAGUUGAGUUAAUGGUGCCGUCCAAUGUGGAGAGGAGACUAAUUUUCGACCAGUUAUUGCCAGAGGAAUUCAAGGACAGGGCGGCUGAAUUGGCGAGGUGAGCUCUUUCGUAUUUUAAAUCAUUUUCCUGAAUUAUUUUUAUAUUACAGUAAUUAAAAUAAAAAAUUAUGUUUGCAGAGAUACUCAUGGUUUCACUGGUGCCGAUAUUGAUGUAUUAUGCCGAAAGGCGGUGCUGUUGAAGAGUAAUGGCCAUCCAAAUCCACUGGAGACAGCCCGGAAACAGACGAAUGCAACUGGAAUAAAACAAUUCAUCUUGGAAGUUCCGAAUGUUUCCUGGGAAGACAUUGGAGGAAAUCUAGAACUCAAGGAGGAGAUUCAACAGGUAGGAAUCUUAUUUGGUUAUUUAUGCUUGAUUUUUGAUGUAUAAAUAAAUGUUUUAGGCUGUCGUUUGGCCUUAUCAGCAUCCGGAAGCCUUUGAAAGACUGGGUGUUCAACCUCCGAAUGGAAUCUUACUCUACGGACCCCCUGGCUGUUCCAAAACCUUGAUUGCGAGAGCCUUGGCCAGCCAGUCGAAGCUCAAUUUCUUGUCCGUCAAAGGCCCAGAACUGUUCAGUAAAUGGGUUGGGGAGUCGGAGAGAGCAGUCCGGGAUCUCUUUCACCGAGCUCGUCAGGUCAGUCCCGCCAUUUUAUUCUUCGAUGAGAUUGAUGCGAUUGCCACGAAACGAGGCCAAGACAAAUCGAACGCCGUCUCGGAUCGGGUGUUGGCUCAGAUGUUAACCGAAUUGGAUGGGCUAGAAAAAAGUGCAAGAAUUUUUGUGGUAGCCGCAACAAAUCGACCUGACACUUUGGACGGCGCUUUGUUGAGACCGGGCCGACUGGAUCGAGCGAUUUAUGUGCCAUUGCCGGAUUAUGGAACAAGGUGAAUAUAAUGUGACUGGGAGAUCAUAGUUUUUUUAGGCAAUCCAUUAUCAACAUCCAAUUCAAAAAAGUCCGAGUUUCUCCCCAAGUGGAUGUGGAUGAGAUUUCCCAGAGAUCCGAGGGUUAUUCGGGAGCUGAAUUGGUCGCACUGUGCAGAAACGCGGCGCUCUGUGCGAUGAGGGCGAAUAUAAAUGCGAUUGAAGUGAUGCCCGAGCAUUUCGAAGACUCUUUCAAAAUGGUUUUACCCCGAACGGAGCCCCAAUUACUCAAAUUGUACGAGAAAUUCGCCCGGGGCGAUCGUUGA